AUGAAAGGACUCAAGAAAGCAAUGAAUCUGUCCCGGUCAAGACACAACGACGCCCCGAGCAAUGGCAACGGCCAGGGCCGCUCGCAGCAAGGAAGCAGCGGAGGCCCGGCACCCCCCACCAAAGACCACAACCCACGCUCGUUUCUUGGUGGCUCGUCGUCGCGUCCGGCGAGUGCACCGAAUGCGUCGUCGUCCGACGCUGCCUCGUCGCGCAACGUGCCGCCGACGCCGCCUGCCGGCCGCGGCCCCGCCCCGACUCCGGCCGCUCGUCCGGCGAGUGCACCGGCAUCUGGCGCCUGGAGCGCGGCGGGUGGCAGCACGCCGAGCGUGCCCAAGACGCCCGCGAGCGACCCCGAGACGCUCGCAGUGCCGGGUGCAAAAGGCGCUCCUCCCAAGACGCCUUCCUUCCACCUGAAUGCGGGCACGCCCAGUGCGCCUGCGAGCGGCACGGCGCCGUCCGUGGCACUGGCCCGUACACGCCAGCCCGUGCCACAGACUGUGGCGCCGAAAGAUACGAUCCCUGUGACCAAGACGCCGCCGCGAAAGCAGCGCAGCAGCCGUAUCCAGCCGUCGGAGAAUGUGACGCUCGAGCCGCUGCCCUCCUUCCACGAGGUGCCGCCGGCGGAGCGCACGGAUCUGUUUGUGCGUAAGCUGCGGCAGUGCAGUGUCGUCUUUGACUUUAACGAUGCGAGUCAGGAGCUGCGCGGCAAGCAUAUCAAAGCGCAAGCGCUGCAAGAGAUGUUUGAGUACCUCACGACACAGCGCGGCGCGAUUACCGAGCCGAUCUACCCCGAGAUGGUCAACAUGUUUGCGGCAAACCUGUUCCGCACGAUUCCUCCUCAGACCAAUGCCGCAGGCGAAGCAUUCGACCCCGAAGAGGACGAGCCGGUGCUGGAGCUCGCGUGGCCGCAUUUGCAGGUGGUCUACGAGCUGUUCCUCCGCUUUAUCGAGAGCUCCGAGUUGAAUACCAACAUUGCGAAAAAGUACAUUGACCAGUCCUUUGUCAUCCAGCUGCUCGAGCUGUUUGACAGCGAAGACCCGCGCGAGCGCGACUUUCUCAAGACGAUGCUGCACCGGAUCUAUGGCAAGUUUCUGAACCUGCGCGCGUUUAUCCGCCGCUCGAUCAACAAUGUCUUUUUCCAGUUUAUCUACGAGACGGAACGGCACAAUGGUAUCGCCGAACUGCUCGAGAUUCUGGGAUCGAUCAUCAACGGCUUUGCGCUGCCGCUCAAGGAGGAGCACAAGGUCUUUCUCACGCGCGUCCUCUUGCCGCUACACAAGGCCAAGAGUCUGGCGAUGUACCACCCCCAACUCGCGUACUGUGUCGUGCAGUUUAUUGAAAAGGACAGCCUGCUCACCGAAGAGGUCGUCCUGGGCCUCUUGCGCUUCUGGCCCAAGACCAACUCGCAGAAAGAGGUCAUGUUCCUGAACGAGGUCGAAGAGGUGCUCGACGUAAUCGAGCCGCAGGACUUUGUCAAGAUCCAGGUGCCUCUGUUCCAGCAGCUCGCCCGCUGCAUCCAAAGCCAGCACUUCCAGGUGGCCGAGCGCGCGCUGUACUUUUGGAACAAUGAGUACAUUGUCAACCUGAUGGGCGACAAUAUUCAUGUGAUCCUGCCGAUCGUCUUUGACAGUCUCUUUGACAACUCCAAAGCGCACUGGAACCAGACGAUCCAUACCCUCGUGUACAACGCUUUGAAGCUUUUUAUGGAAAUCAACCCGGCCUUUUUCGACUUGGUCUCUUCCGAAAACCAGCACCAACGCGCCUCUAUGGAACAGAAGCAGCAGGCCCGGGAGCGCGCUUGGCAGAAGCUCCGCACCUCGGCCGUGCGCAACUCGCAGAAACUCAGCAUGCCGGUGCCCAAGUCGCUCGGCAGCGUCGACCCAGCGCCGCCUGCGACAACGCGUGCGGAGCCAAGCACGACGCGCCACGAGAGCACGUACGAGUCGCUGCCAUUCACAAGCACCUUGUCGGGCCUCGCACCGCCCGCACUGAGCUUGGCCAGCUCCGCCUCGAUCCUCCACGGACUGGGGCCCAGCGCAGAGCUCGGGCCGUCGGCCGGCCGCGCGCCGUCGCCGCCGAACGCGACCGAACACAUGCUCGACGAACGCGAACUGUCGCCAAACAGCACAGCAGGCACCUCGUUCACCGGCGAGUUUGAAGACGCCGAGACCGGUGUCGAUUUACACGACUCGGCCAUCUCGGCGUACCUCGACGAACCCAGUACGCCGCCGCGAUCGACACCGUCGCUCGUGGGCCGUACGAACGAGAUGUCCCUUGUAUAA